CCGAUAGCAAUUACAAGACUUCCCUGCGCCUGCGCUUCGCCCGCUUGGGCUAUGGAGGAAUUUUUAAAGACGUUGGUGUUUGAGUUUGUACUCAAAUUUAUUUCGAUUGCGUGUCAGUAAACUGUGUUGUAAAUGUUUCCUUAACUAACUAAAUAAGUUGAGCAGAUGGCUCUGCACAUACCUGUGAAAGGAAAGUUCGGAAAAGUCAUCACUAGGCUCGACGACCCGGAGAGGGUCCGAAAAGAUCUUGAGAGCCAGCGUCGCAUAACUCGUUUACAGCAGGUGCGUGAGAAGUCCGACCACCUGGCCCGGAAAAUACGAGAGGAUGUGGCCGCUGAAAAGAAAAAACAAAUCAAAAAUUUGGAGGACCUCAAGCAGAAGGAGCUAAAUGCUUGGCGCGAGCAUGUUUUGGUCAAAAAGCACCAAGACUACCGGUCAGCCAUUUUUCAGGUGGGCGCCGCCCAUCAAGCCGCAAAGGAGGAAAACGAAAGGAAUGAGGUUUUAAAACAGCAGAAGAUCGAUAAAAUCAAGAAUGCCCGCAAGCAAGCCAUGAAAAGAUCUGGCAGAGCAAAUGUGGAACUACGACCAACGACGGGGAUGAAGCUUAACGUUGAAGGUCGCGUCACGGCCGGUACACAAACGCCCUCCCUUCCAAUCGAGGAUAAGGAAAACCGAUUGGCUGGUGGUGUUGAAAAAUCAUGCCUUAAAGGCUGCUCAAAUAUGGGUAAAACCACGACGAAUAAGAAUAAAAAAUGCGGUUGUCCUGGACCUGAAGAAGAUUCUCCAAGCGAAGAUGACGCCUCGAUCUUACCCACUGAGUGCGUAGGUCACCGGAGGUCAUCGCCUGUGAUAGUGGAUGCAGAUAUUGACGAUUCAGAUGGCGAAGCGCUUCAUGAAAAAGGCGGCAUGGAGAUUGGGGAUCGUUUUAUGCAAACAAACCGCAAAUUUAGCCACAUAGUGCGGACUAGUCCGGACAGAAGCCCGGAAAGGACUCCAGAAAGUCCGCGAAGACGAAGAUUUACACAGAUAACAGACCUCGUCAAGAGAACCGCGAACAUGGGGACCGUACGCUCAGAAGGCUGUGAGGAGGAUGAACCAAGACGAUCUAUUCCACCAAGCCCUACAAAGUCAUUGCCACCGUCACCAAGAAAAGUUACGGUAAGGGCGGAGCUAGCUCCUCCGCCAGUAACUGCUAGUGUGCAUAAAUCAUCACAUGGAUCCCCCAAGAAAACGCAGUCUAAAUCAUCAACUCGGCAGCCGGAACCAUUGAAACGAACAGGAGUGAAAACUAAUCCGCGUCCGCCCAAAGUUAUAGAUGCGGGAAUUCAAAAGAAUCCUAAAAGCAAGAACAUUCCUUCAAAAUCGACUAUUUGCGAGGAUCAGCCACGAGAGAAAGAAUCCCAGCAAAAGAUUCCUUCCAAUCCACAAUUCCCAAUGCCACCAUUUCCCUAUCCUCCCCAAACUGGGCCGUGCAUGAAUCCUUAUCCCCAACCGUAUGCAAUGACCUAUACGAUGCCAUAUCCUAUGCAUCCACAAUUUAUGCCACCACCGCCCCCUCCUCAACCACCACAUCCUAUGUACGCCCAACAACCAUUUCCGGUUCCUGUUCCCGCCGUGACAGCUCCUCCAAGUAUGGCCACCACCUCCUGUGCUUCAACCACCACGUUUCCUACGAGUCAAGAGCCAAGAACGACUCAGUCUCAGCCGGGGCGCGUUCAAUUCUAUGACCACGGGAAUAAAUACCAUCGAACUUAUGAUGCCCCAACCCAAUCGGUACAUUCCACUGGACAGGAUUCCAGCCAACCAAAUGCCAUGGAUAAUGCGCGUGUUGAAAACCAACUAAGGGAGCUCAGGGAGCAGGAGCUGAAUAAUCUUAGAAAAAUUAGCGAAUCUCGGGGUCAGAAAGCUCUGGAACGCGAACAAGUUCGCAGGGAUUGUGCUGAGUUGACAGAGAAGUUGGAUGCCCUAGUCCAACAGCAACCCCAGCUUCUUCCCAGUGAUGCAAACUUCAUAGCCAGUCAUCGAUACGCAGACGCAGCUGUUAGAAGGGAGCAAAAGAUGAACGAAGCUAUGGAGGAGAUGUUACUGCGUCCAACUAUUAUUACUUGUCCAGAAGUGAAAGACCUGAGUCCACUAGCUUCGGCGAAAGCCAAAUCAAGUAAAGAUCUAGGAGCCAUAAACGUAGGAGCGUGUCCAACUCCAAAAGAGAGGCUAGAGCUGGGUAGUAGCGAAAGCUGUACCGAAAUCCUCUUAGAUUAUGUCGAUGAUCAAAGCAAUCAGCUGAGAUCGGACCUUAAAUCCGAAGGGUCAAACACUGUGAAAUGCAUGAAGUUACGAAAUUUGUUGGACAGAAUCGAACAGAUCCGGAGCCAGUUACUGGAGGAGCUAAAGGCGGGCGAGGCUAAAGGAUCAAAGAGUGAAAAGGCUCAGGAUAUGAUCAACUCUAUACGCCAGGAGCGUGCGGAUAUCCUGUUUGAAAGAACAAGAAAUCUCAACGAACGGGAAUCGGAAUUAAAUCAGAAAGAAGCACUUCUGGAGAAGCGGUUGCGAAAGUUCUACAAGGAAACGAAGGGCAGAAAAGCCACUGGAGAAGAGGAGAUGACGCCCAAAGAAGAAAAGCCUGUCGAGAUAAUCAUCAAAGUAAGAAGCGAUGGCACAGUCAAGCAGUAUCUUCCGAAAGGGAAAUCGAAAUUCAAAGCAAUUUCGGAAAUAGUAAGUUCCGAAAAGGAUAUUCCUCUGGGCACACCCACAGAGGAAGAAAAGCAGACAGAAGCGGAAGCUACAAAGCGCCCCCCGGCGCUGGACCAGCAAAUCUCUAUUGACUCCAACUCGACGGCAUACAGAAGUCUGCCGGCCGUGAGCUACAAGAGCUUCAAUCCAGGCCCCAGUUCAGCUGCAUCGUCUCGUUGCGGCUCUGAUCCCGCUCCACUUCAUCCCACGGUCGUUAACUACAUCCAACGGUUGCUGGGAAUGUCCCGACAGUCAAUUGACAAUCUCGGUGUCAGCUCCUCGGAAGUGCCCACUCCUCCGGCAUCAAUUAUCGACUCGUCGAGGAAUAAAUCCCAAGCUGUCGAAUCCAACGAAACAAUCAUAGAUCAGCAGCGCUUGGAGCAGGUCCAGACUUUCAUCAGCGAUAAUCGCAGUUUCAUAAACGAUUUGGAGGACUCGUUGCGUAUGCGGCAGCAGGCUGAGAAAAACCAAAGGGUCUUCGAUAAGGAAACCAGUUCCAAAAGCUUCGAUGAGAUAUGGAAUGAAAGACUGAUCCGUAACCAGGACGAUUCGCAGCCAAAAAGUAAAGAAACGAAACAAAAAGACAAAGUACCUCAAAAGACAAAGGAAGUUCAGGGAGCAAGCCUACCUCAGUCGUCAUCUAAUAAGGGUCGACAUCUUCAGGGAGGAAACCUACCUCAGACAUCAAGUAUGCCAUUUCAGGGAGAACAAGGAAAAAGGAUACAAACUGUACAAAAACAAAAGCAAGACGCAAAGAACCCGAUUGUUAAUAAAAGCGAGUCGGAAAAAUCAAAGAAACUUCAGUCGGUAGCCACCAAAUCUAUAGGAAAACUGCCACCUAAAAGUGUCCAUGCCGAAAAGUCCAAACCCCAAGGCAAGGAAGAAUCAACAAAGCAAGUGGAACGCUAUGAACGCUUGGCUGAGAACUGCACCCAGAGGAUCGCCGAACUUACGGAUCUGAUAACCAAAGUGCGUGAGGAGAAGCAACGCCUGGUCGAGGUUACCCUCACAUCUAAUAGCGAUGGGGAACGGCAGUCCACGGAGUAUUAUGAUCUGCCGACCGGGCAGAUUCAACGACAGUCUCAGCAUUCAACGCAUUCGAGAUCGCGAACAGUAUCGGAUCGUAGCGAUACACAGACACCGUCCACAUCGGAAGCCCUUCCUCUGCAGAAAAAUAAACCUACAGCGGCCAGCAGGGACAGUGGAAUCGCUGACUCGCGGCCAUUAACGGCCAUGGGUCAGGUGACUGGAAUGGACGUGGAGCCCAUCUCCCUGCCUACCUCAACUCACAGCAAUGCCCAGCGACAUCGCACAAAAGCUCCCCCAGCUACCAUCCGGCGAUACAGUCCCCAACUGGAUGCUGAAGAUCUAGCCCACGAACUUUCCACAAUCGCAGAAGUAGAGACUCCAGGCCAAUCGCACAUUGUGGCCGCCACACCAGUGCCCCAGCCAUUUCCCACUUUCGAACAGUACGCCAGGGAAAUGAACCUUGAUCUGACUCAGUUUGACGCCAACCAGAGCCGGAAAAUGGAGCUGGAGUUCAAUGACUUGGUAAGGGCGAUCAACGAGCGCACGGGCGGAUCGGAUUACCGGGAGUUUCCAAGCAUAAAUGCCUAUUUGCAUAAUAUGAGAGAUGCACAGUGUCAUGGAGACUUUAAUGGGCAACCGCAUCAUGAUGAGACGACUCUGGCGCCGGAGGACCUAAGACAGUUACGAUUGCUGGAUGUGCACAUGCAGGAGUUUCCAAAUCGCAGGGAGUAUCUACAGAAAUUGUUAGCCAACGCACCUCCUGACCAGAGGCAGUUAAUAGACAGUGCUAGUCUUGAGUCUUCCGAUUCUCUCAACAUUGAAGAAGAGCUGCGACAACGGAAUAUCCUGAAGACCUCCUUUCGCCGGGCCAGCAAUGGGAGCGUGACGCCUUUGGCCCACGACGUGGCCAGUAGCACGCGCCGGGAGAGCGUUGCUCCGAACACCAAUGAUCUUCCGAAUGAGAGCGGAAUAGAUCCACUUGGAUCCAGUGACACGGACUUUUCGGAGCCCCGCAGACCCACCAGAACAAAGGAUAGGCAAACAAGACCACAGGAAGUGGAAGUAGGUAGCAGCACGGAUGUGUCCUGGGAGAGGCCUCAUCGAAAAUCCCGAUUGGAUGGCGGCACUAGGUCCCACAAUAGCUCCCAGGCUCAGGACGCCAGCCAGUUAGGCAGGUCUCUGAAUCUACGUGAGUUCCUCACCCGGGAGCUGCUUAAACAUCGCGGGAAUACAGGGGAAACUUCAAUGGAGAGUUCGGAUGAGUCCCUAAAAGGACAUUUCCUGAAAUCGGUCAUCAGUUCACUUUCCCCGAACAGCUCGCCCUACAACACGCCUGGCGUCGGAGUAAGCUAUGCUACCGGAAUCACCAAUGACCGCCAGAAAACCUCAACGCCGGUGGGAUCCUUUUCCAUGCCCGACAAGUCCCGAUCGGUUCAGAGCGCCGGUACUCUUUUCUCCGGCGAAAGUCGACUCUCCCUGGUGCACUAUCCAGACGGAACUCCACCAGUUCCUUACGAACAGCAGCAAAGUAAAAGUACAAACGAAACUCGCCAAACCUUAGGUCAUAAAGUUUCAGGUCAACGUCGAAGGUCGCCACGGAAGUGAUUAAAAUUUGCUCAAUU